CCGAAGGAUAUGGCAAUGUUCUUGCAGCUUGGCCUCGGUCUCAUAUUGCUUGCAGCGCAAUAUGGCCCUGGAGCUGCGGUUCCUAGCUCAGAGUGCCGAAGAAAAUGUGGCAAUGUUGAUAUACCGUAUCCAUUCGGUAUUGAUCCGAAGAUUCCGAACUGCUCCCUUGCGGAAGGCUUCGACCUCAGUUGUGAUGAGGUCCAAGGGGGCGUCUCCAGGCCAUUCAGGGGUGCCUUUGAGGUGCUCAAUAUCUCCUUGACUAAUAGCACUGUCCGGGUGCUGAAUUACAUCGUGGGGUACUGCUACAACACCUCUACCAAGAGCAUGGAGCAGCUUGGCCGUUACGGCGGGGUCAACAAAGGAAGCCCUUCUUCUCCGUACCGUGUCUCAAACAUCCGAAACAGGUUUACAGUCAUCGGAUGUUGCGCCCUCGCCUUGAUGUCUGACUACGAUAUCACAGGCUACCGAGGCUAUGGCGUCGCAACAUGCCGCAACCUGUCAGACUUAGUGGACGGGGUCUGCUCCGGUAUUGGUUGCUCCCAGACUACCAUACCGAAGAGGAUUUACUUCUACGAAAUUCAGUUCCAAGACUCGGUCAACGCGAGUCAGAGUCAAACCUGGAAGUUCAGCCCGUGCAGCUAUGCGGUAGUGAUGGAGGCAGCAGAAUUCAGAUUCAGCGCUGAGUACAUAAGCACCAAGAAGUUUAAUGACACGUAUGGUGGUGGGCGGGUGCCUAUGAUAUUUGAUUGGGCUAUAAGAGAUGCCAACUCGUGUGAUGUCGCAAAACAGAAUAAGACAGGUACUUACGCUUGCCUCAGCAGCAACAGCAUGUGUGUGGAUUCUAUCAAUGAUCUAGGGUACAUGUGCAAUUGCACCCAUGGGUAUGAAGGCAACCCUUAUCUUCCAGGCGGAUGCAAAGAUGUUAAUGAAUGCUAUAAAAACCCAUGCCCUUCAGAUGGCUUUUGCCGCAAUACUGUUGGAGGACGCAAGUGUUCUUGCCGAGUAGGGAAAAAGUAUAGUGAGAAAAGCAAUACAUGCAACCCUGACACCAGCUUAAUAAUAGGAGUUACAAUAGGAUCAUUUGGUCUAAUGAUUAUCAUCAUUAUCAUUGUCUUCUGGGUACAGAUGGUAAUUCAGAAGAGAAAAUUGAACAAAGUUAAGCAGGAGCAUUUUCUUGAGCAUGGAGGCUUGCUUUUAUUUGAUAGGAUGAAAUCAGAGAAAGGUCUUGCGUUCACCGUCUUUUCAGAAGCUGAACUCAUACAAAUCACUGACAACUAUGAUAAUAGCAGAAUACUUGGAAAAGGAGGCCAUGGAAUGGUCUAUAAAGGAGUAGUAAAGAACAACAUCCCAGCUGCAAUUAAAAGAUGUUUCUUGGUUGAUGAAAGGCAGAAGAAAGAAUUUGGCAAGGAGAUGCUCAUUUUGUCCCAAAUCAAUCACAAGAACAUUGUUAAACUGUUGGGUUGUUGCCUUGAGGUGGAAGUUCCAAUUCUGGUAUAUGAGUUUGUCCCGAAUGGUACUUUGUUCGAGCUUAUCCACGGCAAGAACCGAGCACUGCAAAUCUCCUUUAGCACUCUCUUGAGGAUUGCCCAUGAAGCAGCCGAAGGACUCCACUUCCUCCAUUCAUACGCAUCUCCCCCAAUAAUUCAUGGUGAUGUGAAAAGUUCGAACAUUCUUCUUGAUGAAAACUACAUGGCAAAAGUGUCAGACUUUGGAGCAUCCAUACUAGCCCCAUCCGACAAAGAGCAGUUUGUCACAAUGGUUCAAGGUACUUGUGGUUACCUUGAUCCUGAGUACAUGCAAACAUGUCAGUUAACAGACAAAAGCGACGUAUAUAGCUUCGGAGUUAUCCUCUUAGAGAUUCUCACAGGCCAGUUGCCACUGAAGCUUGAAGGGUGUGAGAAGCCAAGAAGCUUGUCGUUGCUUUUCCUAUCUGCUAUGAAGGGGAACAAUCUCGAUGAUGUGUUGGUGAGUCACGUGAAAGGCCAAGAGAGCAUGGAGCUAUUGAGUGGACUUGCAGACCUAGCUAAGAGAUGCCUAGAUAUGUGCGGAGACAACCGGCCCUCGAUGAAAGAUGUCGCCGAUGAGCUCAACAGGUUGAGGAAGCUUUCGGUUCAUCCUUGGAUACGUGUAGGUGUAGAGACAGAGGCAGAAAGCCUUCUUGUUGGAGAAUCUACACCUCUAUAUGAAUUUGAACAAAGUACUGGGUAUACUGCAGAUGAAAGUGAGGACCGGCCCAUAAACCCUAGAAGUGUUAAUUAUGCAAGAUAA